AUGGCUGACGAAUACGACGCCGUUGAGGCCGCCGAGAUCAAGAAGAAGAGAGCGUUCAGAAAGUUCUCCUACCGUGGAAUCGACCUCGAUCAACUCCUGGACCUUUCCUCCGACCAACUUCGUGAUGUCGUCCACGCCCGCGCCCGCCGUCGGUUCAACCGUGGUCUUAAGCGCAAGCCCAUGGGUUUGAUCAAGAAGCUCCGCAAGGCGAAGCAGGAGGCCAAGCCCAACGAGAAGCCGGAUCUUGUCAAGACUCACCUCCGAAACAUGAUCGUUGUUCCAGAGAUGAUCGGCAGCGUUAUCGGUAUCUACUCAGGAAAGGAGUUCAACCAGGUCGAAAUCAAGCCUGAGAUGGUCGGACACUACUUGGGAGAAUUCUCUAUCUCUUACCACCCAGUGAAGCACGGAAGACCCGGUAUUGGUGCCACCCACUCUUCCCGUUUCAUUCCUCUCAAGUAA